AUGUUUUUGUUUUGUUUUAGGCCACAGUGACGUAGUAAUGGGCUUAGUGUCUGUUAAUUCUGAAAGCCUCCAUGAUAGGCUUCGUUUCUUACAGAACGCUCUUGGAACAGUUCCGUCUCCUGUUGACUGUUACCUCUGCAAUCGAGGUCUGAAGACUCUGCAAGUCCGAAUGGAGAAGCAUUUCAAAAAUGCAAUGGCAGUUGCCCAGUUUCUGGAGUCAAAUCCUCGGGUAGAAAAGGUUGUUUAUCCUGGUAUGUUAAUUUGAUUUCUAAGCAGAUAU